AUGGACAUCGACUCUUUGAACUUUGUCUUCGACUUUAACCCAAAAAUUACGAGCAAGAUGAGGUGUCCAAAGGAGCAUCAAACGGCCGACCAGUCAUAUUUGAGGGGGAUUGUUGAUAUGGGGAGCAAUGGAAUCCGGUUUUCGGUCACGGACUUGUCUCCUCCAUUCUCUCGGAUACUUCCAACAAUUCACGUUUAUCGUGUUGACAUAUCUCUCUAUGAUUCGCAGUACGACGAAGAGACUGGAGAGCAAAUUCCUAUCCCCCAAAAUGUGAUUGGGGAUAUCAUCGCCGCUCUGGUUCGCUUCAAGAUAGUAUGUAGCGAUCUAGGAGUGCUCGAAUCCAACAUUCACAUUGUCGCCACAGAGGCAACACGAAAGGCAAUCAAUUCUGCCGAGUUCAUCAAAGCCAUCCAGUCUUCUACUGGCCUCACAGUCGAUAUGCUUCCCAAGGAAACUGAAGGCCGGGUGGGUGCCUUGGGUGUUGCCAGCGGCUUCUCGAAUAUAAGCGGCCUCAUGAUGGACCUGGGUGGUGGUAGCACUCAAAUCACCUGGAUCAUUUCUCAGGGUGGGAACGUCCGCACCAGCGUGAAGGGUUCCAUCAGCUUUCCCUACGGAGCAGCCGCCUUGACCCAGAGAAUGGACGACAUCAAGAAGGGAAAAUCAAAGGAGGAGGCUGACAAGGGGUUGGCGCAGCUACGUCAGGAGAUGACUGAAAACUUCGCAAAAGCCUACAAGGAAUUGGAGGUCCCCCUAAGCCUUGUCGAAAAUGCGGAGGCAGAAGGAGGUUUCUCGUUGUACCUCUCAGGCGGAGGAUUCAGGGGAUGGGGGUAUCUACUGUUGUAUAUGAGUCAGCUUGAAAAACACCCCCAUCCAAUCUCAAUUAUUAACGGAUAUACCGUGGACAGAAAGAGGUUUGAGGAUACAAAGGCGAUAGAGGAAGUUGCAAAAUCUGCCGACAAGGUCUUCCGGGUUUCUGAUCGGCGGAGAAAGCAAGUUCCUGCUGUGGCCUUUUUAGUCAACGUUCUCUCGCAGGCGAUACCCCACGGGUUCCGAGCAGCACACUUCUGCCAGGGAGGUGUCCGAGAGGGUAUAUUGUUCAGAGAACUUAGUCCCACGAUCCGCGCACAGGAUCCCCUUGAGAUUACCACCCAACGAGUCGCGCCUGAGUCGGCGGAUGCCCUCUUCAAGCUUCUUGCGUUCUCUAUUCCAGAGCCAUCGAGGCACGACGGGCGUAGCUUUCCCAGCACGCUCGACAGUCAUGUUAUCAGAGCCUUUAUUCAUAUUAUGUAUGUGCAUGGAAUCAUGGAUAAGGAGCUGGCCUCAACCGCAGCCUUGUACAGCACAAGCACCGGGUUAUUGGCUUCCACCCGCGGGGUGUCGCACGAGGACAGAGCGAGACUCGCUUUAAUGUUGGAAUCCAGAUACAUGGGGGAGCUUCCUCCUCGAGAGACUAAUUUCAUGCACGCCCUUCGGCGAUUAAUCACCCCCGAGGAGGUUUGGUGGACAGCAUACCUAGGGCGCAUCGGAUAUUUACUCACUCGCCUCUAUCCGGCAGGGAAAAUCGACGAGACGAAGCCUCGCGUGGUUUUAUCAUCGGAAUGGGCUUCGGAUCUUGGACGCAAGAAAGAUAAAGACGGUGUGCGACUGGUGGUCUCGGUGCAGAAGAUGAAAAACGACCCUGCGAAGCUGAAGAAGGCCUUGCAGGACAAUGUCAAGAUAGUAGAGAAAGUUGGCAAGAAGAAGAACUGGAUUGGUGGACAUGAUGGAUGGGGCAUGAAGGUACAGGUCCACGUGGAGGAAGAAGACAUAAUGUAG